CAGACAUUGUUGUAGAAUGGUACAUGGGACUGAUUAUUGAAUUAAGUUGAGUGGCUAGCUGGGCGCACCUUUAUUUUAAUGACUUCAAGAACUAAUGGCUGAAUACAUCACUCGCCUGCCAUGAGACCAUCCUAAAAGCACAACUUUAUCGAAAACACAACUCUAUCGACAUAUCCUAUGAAAAAUGGGUUCCCUAUCUAUGUGUGCACGCCAUUCAGGGGGUGUGGUGUGAACUCACUCGCUCCCGGUCACGCUGGUGUGUGUGUGUGGUAAGUGGAGCGAACGCAGCACAGAGAAAGCGCACUCAAAGCUCGCGCAGGCACCGGAAAGUGGGGAUAUAGUGCGCGGCGGCAUGGCUUCGUCUCACGGGAAAAACGAACACCGGUUCGCCGACUGGAUGGCGAAUUUACCGGAGAGCAUGCACAGCAUCCCGCUUACCAACCUGGCCAUUCCAGGUUCCCAUGACUCCUUCAGUUUCUACAUAGACGAGUCCUCUCCGGUGGGUCCUGAGCAGACUGACGCUGUCCAAAACUUUGUGUCGGUCUUUGGCACGGUGGCCAAAAAGCUGAUGCGUAAAUGGCUGGCCACUCAGACUAUGAACUUCUCCAGCCAGCUGGAGGCCGGCGUCCGCUUCUUUGACCUGCGCAUUUCCACCAAGCCCCGGGACCCAGACAACGAACUCUUCUUCGCUCAUGGCCUCUUCAGCGCCACGGUGAGAGAAGGUCUGGAGCAGAUCAGCUCCUUCCUGUCGGCCCAUGCCAGAGAGGUUGUGUUCUUGGACUUUAACCACUUCUACGGGGUUCAGAACCUGCACCAUGAGAAGCUGGUCUCAAUGCUGAGAGACGUGUUCGGGGAGAAACUCGCCCCCGUCGUCUUCGCUCAGGAGGUGAGUCUCCAGUACCUGUGGGAGAAAGAGUACCAGGUAUUGGUGUUCUACCACAGUCCUAUGGCCCUGGAAGUGCCAUUUCUAUGGCCUGGUCAGAUGAUGCCUGCUCCCUGGGCCAACACCACUGACCCUGAAAAGCUGAUCCAGUUCCUCCAGGCCUCUGUGGCUGACCGCAGGAGGAAGGGAACAUUCUUUGUCUCCCAAGUGGUCCUCACACCUAAGGCCAGCACCGUCAUGAAAGGAGUAGCCAGCGGACUGAGGGAGACCAUUACAGAGAGGGCUCUUCCGAGUAUGAUGCUGUGGAUUCGGGCCCAGAGGCCAGGAGAGAGCGGCAUCAACAUCAUCACAGCUGACUUUGUGGAGCUGGGAGACUUCAUCAGCGCUGUCAUCACGCUCAACUAUCAUAUGGAUGAUGAGGAGGAAAAUGCCACCUGAGACUGAAAGACAGGGGGUGCCAAAGAGUUAAGUCCUCAGCUCAGUCUCACUUUCUCUUUGGUGUUCAUUUUCAGGAGAGGCGUUCCUCUGACUUAUUGUAUAGGGCUAUCAGAGUUUACAGAGGAAGAGAGAGAGAGACGAGGGAGAAGGAGACGUUAAGAUAGGAGGAGAAAGGAAGGUGGAGGUGGAGAUAGGGAGGAUGGACUUUGGUGCUCGUUUAGAGCGCCGAAAGUGAAUGAGAAAUGUUUGGUUUUAUCUGUUUUGGGGGUCAAAAGGGCAAUUGGUUUUUAACGACGCUUCGCUUGGCUUCGCUUCAAAUCUGCUGUAACGAUAACUGUUUCUAUCCUCCAAUCACACAAGCUCGUGUUUCUGGCAUUUCCAUCUCUUGUGAGGCUUAGGCUAGCUUAUUAGCAUAUUCUACAGACAUAAAUGUUGUUCGUAUUUUAGUGACAGUGAUGGCCAACCUACAUCAAAACUCAUUUUCAUUGGUGCCAGUAAUACAUCUGAUUGCCGUCAACCUGAUUAACAUGUCAACUACUCACACAUGGCUGUAGAAUUUACUUUAUGAUGGAUGGAUGGAUGGAUGGAUUGGUUGAUUAAUGGAUGGAGCUUCCCAAAUAGUUAUUAUAGUUUUUCGAUCUCUUUCUACAUUUAUUGAUUAUUUUGUCUCUGUAUCAGUCCUGUCACCACAAUGCGUAAAUUGAUAACUUCUCCUUGCAGUACAUUGAUUUAGCUCCUAGACCACCUGUAACAGCACUUUCCCUAUGUGACAGAUUGCCAGACCGAUUGAUAUUUGUGUGUCUUUUGAUUGAUUGCCUCUCCCGAGUGCCCUCUGUAGCGUAUUGUAGAUCAGUGUUUCCCAACCCUGGUCCUCAAGCUCCCCCAACAGUACACAUUUGUAUUGUAACCCUGGACAAGCACACCUGAUUCAACUUGUCAACUAAUCAUCAAGUCCUCAAUGAGUUGAAUGAGGUGUGUUUGUCAAGGGCUACAACAAAACUGUGAACUGUUGGGGGUACUUGAGGACCAGGGUUGGGAAACACUUUUGUAGAUGACCAUAAAACAGGUUUAAUUUCAUGUUUCUCGUAAUGGGCUUGAUAUCAUUCUAAUCUCAUGUAGGUGUCUGUUGUACUGAAAUAUUCACCACAAGAUUAGAUUUUUUUUUUAAAUCAUUGAACUUUUCUUCUGUUCAUUUACUUGUAUAGAAUAUAAUAGAAUAGCUAUCUGUUGCUUCACUAUUACUCAUGUGUUUGCCUGCUUAAUUACAUUCAGUCUAGGAGAAAGAUGUUUCCCUUGCUUUACUCUGCACCUAUUCAGGACAAACUGUAAAUGCUAAACUAGGAAGAAAAGUAAUAUUUGAAGUGGCACUUGUGGCGUAGUGAAGACUACAAUACGUGUCACAUUUCCUUUGCUAAAAUAUGUUUAGCACAUUAUGCAAGAACUUCGCAUAUAUAUCAAAAGCUUUGCCUCAUUUC